AUGGUAGCCAGUGGAAGCGGUGGAGGAAUGACUGGUGGCUAUUGUGAUGGAAAUGGUCGAGGAAAAAGAAAUCGUGAACGUCGAAUUCCUCUUCCGUGGCCCCCGGUGACAACAUCGUCGUCCAGUAUUGGACAACCAAGUGAUGAUGAUGCUGAUGAGGACGAAGUUCAAAGUGAACUUGCCAAUGAUGCCCUUUACUCUAUGGCUUCCCUGGAAGACUCUCUUCCAAUGAAGAGAGGACUGUCGAAUUUCUACAAAGGAAAAUCGAAAUCAUUUGCGAACCUGAGCGGCAAAGAAUCAAAUUUGAAAAUGGAAGACUUGGAGAAACCAGAUUUCCAGGUGAACAAGAAAAGAAGACAGAUGGUGGCAGAGGCUUUAAGCAGGGAGAAUAACAGACCCUCCUUACCGGCUAUGGGCUCGAAGAAAGAUGAAGGGGGAAGUAGCAAGAACAAGAUCAAUGAACAAGAUGAAAGUGAUGAUCAGUUGAUUUGA